UGUACCACUGGGAUGUAGUUGAGCGCAACAGACGAAGAAGUUUACACACGCUGAGCGCGUCUGUUUGCGAGAUCAAUUUAAGCUUGCGUGAUAAAGGUAGGCCUGCAUUCUCCUCAUUGCUGCGCUUUAGGACGUUCACUUCUCGCAAAAAAAAUACAGUCGUUCAAACUCAAAAGAGCCUACAAGUCUUGUGCACGUUUUACGUGACUUCACUUAUGUCCCGAAAAUUACCCGACCAUGAUUACAACCUACGGAACAUGAGCAACGCAAUAGGCGACAGGUGGAGAAAAGUUAACGAUGGGGGAGAGCGGAGCCUCAUCAAGACACCGUCUAACGCGAGCAUCAGCAGUCAGGGAACAGUGCCCGCAGCGGCACCCGCUACCUCCACCGGAGACCUGGAGCGAGCGGCUCGCAAGCAGUUCCAGCAAGAUGUCACGCCCGCGUCCGUGUACGUCCUGGCGGCGUUCUCCGCUCUGGGAGGGUUCCUCUUCGGCUACGACACCGGGGUGGUGUCGGGAGCGAUACUGCUGAUCAAGCGGGAGAUGAAUCUGAGUUUCCUGUGGCAGGAGGUCUUGGUGUCGAGCGCGAUAGCCGCCGCGGCGAUGUCAGCGCUCGCUGGCGGCUUCCUCAACGGAGUUUUCGGGCGGAGGGUGUGCAUCCUGUUGGCUAGUUUCAUCUUUUCCCUGGGCAGUGUUGUGAUGAGCGCCGCCCCUAAUAAGGAGACCCUUCUGGUUGGACGUCUCAUAGUCGGACUUGGACUUGGUAUAGCCUCCAUGACGGUGCCGGUGUAUAUUGCGGAGUCGUCCCCCCCUCACCUGCGUGGGCAGCUGGUGACGGUCAACACGCUCUUCAUCACGGCCGGUCAGCUGGUGGCCAGUCUGAUGGGCGGAGCAUUCAGCUACCUGCAGCGCGGCGGCUGGAGGUACAUGUUGGGUCUGUCGGUGGUUCCGGCGGUUCUGCAGUUCCUGGGGUUCCUGUUCCUGCCGGAGAGCCCGCGCUGGCUGAUCCAGAAGGGUCUGACCCAGAAGGCCCGGCGCGUUCUCAGCCAGAUCCGCGGGAACCAGAACAUCGACGAGGAGUACGACAGCAUCAAGACCAGCAUCGAGGAGGAGGAGAAGGACUGUGGAGGAGAGGGUCCAGUGAUAUGGAGGAUGGUAUGCUACCCUGCCACCAGGAGGGCGCUGAUCGUGGGUUGUGGCCUUCAGAUGUUCCAGCAGCUCGCGGGCAUCAACACAGUCAUGUACUAUAGCGCCACCAUCCUGCAGAUGUCGGGAGUGCGGGACGAUAAGCUGGCCAUCUGGCUGGUGACGAUCACAGCGUUCUCCAACUUCCUGUUCACGCUGCUGGGCGUGUGGUUGGUGGAGAGGGUGGGCCGACGCAGACUCACGCUGGGGAGCAUCAUGGGUACGUGUCUGAGCCUGUGUCUGCUGGCCGUGGGCUUCCUGCUGUCUGCCCAACACAGCCCUACAGUCACGCUGCACCCCACUGACCCCACAACGCUCAACUCCACCUGUGCAGCACACCUGUCCUGUGAGCCCUGCAUGCUGGACCCCAGCUGUGGGUUCUGUUACCGUGAGAACGGGUCAGCGGUGUUCUCUUCCUCCUGUGAGCCGGUCAAUGGGGCCUCCACUGAGAGAGCAGCGUGGGGCAGGUGUUCCAACGUGACGGUGCUGAAGGAACACACAUACUGGGCCUAUAACUUCUGCCCCUCCUCCUACUCAUGGCUGGUGCUGUUGGGUCUGGUGCUGUACCUGGCCUCAUUCGCUCCAGGCAUGGGUCCAAUGCCGUGGACGGUGAACUCGGAGAUCUACCCACUCUGGGCCAGAAGCACGGGCAACGCCUGCUCUGCCGGAACCAACUGGACCUUCAACGUACUGGUGUCCCUCACGUUCCUGCACAUGGCACAAUACCUGACCUACUAUGGAGCAUUCUUCCUGUACUCGAGCUUUGCGUUGCUGGGAUUCGUGUUUAUUUAUGGCUGUCUGCCCGAGACGAAGGGUCGCAGGUUGGAGGAAGUGGAGUCUCUGUUCGAGAACCAGCUUUGCUCCUGCGGGGUCACCGACUCUGACGAGGGUCGGCAGGUGGAGUACAUCCGGGUCAAAGGUAGCAAUUAUCACCUGUCUGACAAUGACGCCUCCGAUGUGGAAUAGACUGGCCAAGCGUAAUUACAGAAGCC